CGUCGUUUGACGUCAACAAAAAUCUGCCUUCCGACUAAGAGAUAAUAUUCUAAUAUAAGUUUGUUAGCAUUUGUGGCCCUACUGUCUGUUCAUCGGUGAGAAUGGUAUAAUCAAAACUAUGUCACAAAUCGACGAAAAAUCACCCGACAGCUGCUACGUUUGUCUGGAGCAUGCAACUGACCUGAUCCGAAUCGUGGAAGACAUCGACGAUGUCAUGAAAGAAUCAGAGAGUAAUGCUGAAACACAGAGCCGCUCUUACCGUGGGACGAUCAUUGCCAAAUAUUUUUGGUUCGAGAUUGAAGAUCUAGUUAGAAGCUUCAUCUGUUCUCGCUGUUGGACAAAAAUUGAAAAAUUUCAUGAGUUCUAUUGUGAAGUCGAAAAGACUCACGAAAACAAAUGUCAAUUUUCGUUUGCUCCCGUUAAACAGGAAGAGACUGCGAACGAAACGGAAACGUCAUUCGAUGAGGUAGAACGACUGGAAGAAUCAUCAGAUGGAGUCGAUUUCGGAACGCUGCUGCACGUUCAGGUCAACCCAGUGAAUGCGAAUGACAACGCACAGAAGAAAAAGCAACGUAAACGUUACAGACCAAAAAGAAUGAAAUUAGCUGAUAGGAUCGCACAGGACGACGAAUUGAUCGCAAAAUACGUUAACGCAAGCUGCGAUCAGUGUUCGGCACAUUUUCCUUCCUUUACCGAACUGCAGACCCAUUCAACGGCGAUCCAUCAACGCCGCGCCUAUGUAUUCUGCUGUGACAAAAGGUAUAACCAGCGGACUCGCCUUUUCGAGCACAUUCUACUGCACGUCAAUCCCGAACACUACCAGUGUGACGUUUGCAAACGGAACUGUUUGGAUAACGAAAGUCUCAGGCGACACAAAAUGAAAAUUCACACCCCGGACGAGGAACGGGCGUUCAAGUGUGACAAAUGUCCGAAAGCUUUCGUCACCGAGGCCGAUUUCGGGCUGCACCAAAACUAUCAUCUUGCGAUGGAAAACAAGAAGUUCAAAUGCGAGGAGUGUGAGAAGUGCUUCGGAAACAAAUCUUUACUAAAAUCACAUGUGCGGAAUGCCCACGCGUCACACUUCGAAUUUGUAUGUGACACGUGUGCGAAGGGUUUCAACCAGCGGUCCUUGUUCGUACGCCAUUUGCAAGACCAUAACCCGAAAGCGACCAUCGAACGAAGUCAGUGCCCAUUGUGUUCGCUGUGGAUGAAGAAAAACUACCUGAACAAACACAUGCAACGUCACAGCUCACCCCGAACUCGGUGCGAACUGUGCGGCAAAGAUUCACCGAAUGUAUUUGCGCAUCGGAGCCACAUGCGAUUUGCCCACUCGGAGGCAAAAUUCACCUGCAAUGUUUGCGGGAAGGCUUUCAAGCGGGCACUGACGCUGAAGGAACAUUUGGCAUCCCACAGUGGAGCGGUUCUGUACACCUGUCCGCACUGUCCGAAAACGUUCAACUCGAAUGCCAAUAUGCACUCGCACCGGAAGAAAAUGCACUACGAAGAGUGGCUUGCCAAUAAGGAGAGGGUGCUCAUCAAAAAGGAAUAAUGGUUGGUAAUGAUACCAUUACUUUUCUGGGAGAUUAGAAAGACUUCACUGCUACAAUCAUUUGUCGACGAAUUUGAGGAAACGACAAUUCUUAACAUUUAUAUAAUUUGUAACCUGAUUGGUUACGAAAAUCUGUAAGUACAGGUUUGUAUCAGGUCAAGGAUAUGAAGAUAGGAAAUCACACCAAGAUCUAUCCAACCCAAGGCAAGCAUUUUUUGUUGCGAGAUUUUAUUUGUAUCAGUUGUAUUGAUAGAAUUUAGUAUCAAAACACGGCUUCUGUGCAAUCAGCGACCUGCUCCUUGUUAGCGAUAUAUUGUAAAUAUACUUCGCUGUUAACGCUACAGUUUCGUGCCAUUUAUUCGCUAGUGUUAUUUCGAGGAUUGUCGAUGUAAACACAGUAACUAUUUCUUCGACUAAUUUAAAAAAAGUAAAACUCAGCCCUUCGAGUUUUAUAGCAUUGGAUUGCUGUACGUAAUUACGUUAGUUACUUGUAAAUAAAAUAUAAGAUAUUCACAUA